CUAAGUCACUCACUCAAAAUUGUAACCAGUUUCUUCUAAUUAAAAGAAUAUCUCAAACAAUAAAAGGAAUCAAAUUUAUACAAAUUAAAUUUACAAAAUUUUUUAUUUUUAAAAUUUUUUGCCAUAAGCACUUUAAUUGGAUCUUGAAAAUCAGCUUGAAGCUUGAUCUAUUAUAUGUGGUGCUACCUAAUUUUCUAUGCGGAAGACGAAACUAACCUAUAAAUUAAUCACCGAAUGAUCCUAGCAAUCUUGGCUAAUAGAGGUAAAAGAAGAAAAAGAAACUAUAAAUUGAAUUGAAAAUUUUGCGGUAUGGAUAUUGACGAAGCAAGUAAUUACUUUCAUAGUUAUGAAGAUUUAGAGAUUCACCAACUGAUGCUUCGUGAUCAGGCACGAAACCAAUCCUAUCAGAAGGCUAUUUUCGAUAAUAAACAAACAUUUUGUGGCAAAAUUGUUAUUGAUGUUGGUGCAGGUACGGGCAUAUUAUCAGUUUUCUGUGCACAAGCUGGAGCACAAAAGGUGUAUGCUGUUGAAGCAAGUGAUACUUACAAGAUAGCACAAGUAGUGGUGCAGCAGAAUAAUGUUUCUAAUAUAGUAGAAGUUGUGCAUAAGAAAAUGGAAGAUAUAAAUUUUUCCGAUAUUCCAGAAAACGUCGAUAUUAUAGUGUCUGAGUGGAUGGGUUUUUACUUAUUACAUGAAAGCAUGUUAGAUUCUGUAAUUUUUGCAAGAGAUCACUUUCUCAAACCUGGUGGGAAAAUGUUUCCAGAGUCAGCUACAUUAUAUGCAGCUCCUUGUAGCAUUUCAAGUUUAUAUGAGGACUGGAAAGAUGUGUCGGGAGUGAAUAUGGAGUGCUUUGGACGUUUAUUAAGACAACAAGUUUCUAGCAAACCUUUGACAGAAGAAAUACCAUUGGAUUCCUUAUUAUCUGAACCUGAAAUAGUUACUUGGAUUGACCUUACUGAAGCUACAGUUGAGGAAAUUUGCCAAAUAACUUUUCGACAUGUGGCAGCAUCAACAAGAGUGGGAAGUUUUGAAGGAAUCUGUCUAUGGUUUACCUGCACUUUUCCCGUAGCAGAUUAUCCAAGUAAUGCAGAACCAGUAACAUUAUCAACAGGACCUGGAGAACAACAGACCCAUUGGAAGCAAACGGUCAUUGUUCUACCUGAGUCGAUUCAAGUUGAAACUGGAACACCCAUUUGUUAUGAAUUGGCAAUUAAAAGAUCAACUGAAAGCAAGAGGAGAUAUAUUUUGGAAUUGACAAUGCUUGAUGCUAAUGCAGUGGAACAUCCUGAAUUUUGUAGCUGUUAUAUGACUAAAUGUAUUCUAGUGAAAGCCAUGUUAGAGAAAUAUGAAAAAGAAAACAGUGGUGAUAAUAAAACUGGUAACAAUUAGUAUUGUUUUUAAUUUUGUACACCAAAUGGGAGGCCCAUGCUAUAAUUUUCUUUGUUUCUUAGCAAAGAUGGGUAAAAUUCGACCAUAAAACCAUAUAGAGUUCUCCAAACGAUAUAGCGUUUUUACGACAUGUAUGGUAUGUAACUUGGGUAAUUUUUUAUGAAAGUAUAACCGCAGGCCUACUUUGCUUGAGUUUAUCUUUGUAACCUCCAAAUAUAUUCCAUACUUAGUGCAUAUUUGUGCUGAACGCUGACUUCACCAACCCCCACAAAUGCAUAAGAUUUUGUAUUGCAUUCCUAGAAAAACAUUUUAGAGUCAUCCUGUUAAAUGCUUAAAUUUGAAAUCAGCUUUCUAAUGUGUUUUUAAUAUAGGGGAUUAACUAAUUGGCAAAUGACUCUUUUAGCAUGGCACAGUUCUUGUCGGCUAACAUGUUAAAUAUGGCUCUGUACACGUGCUGAAAAGAAUUGUUCUUCCGCUUUACAACAUUCGGGUCGUAAACUCAUUGCAAAAUCAAAAAAUCAUAAAGGUUGUAAAAAUGGUAUAUUGUUUGGAGAAUUCUGUUAAUUAAAUUGUGUCAAAUUUAUUUCGUUUUAAAAGUGUUCCACCUAAAAUAACAAUUACUAUCAAAUUUAUGUGGUGUACUUUUAUUCCUAAGAAGGCAUGCAAGUACUGGUCUUGAAAGUUAACUAAUAUUUUUGGUUAUCGAUAUAAAAAGUGGGAAAGGUAUUUUAAACAAAUGACUUUUUCUCCAUUUUGUUUAUGUUAAAACAUUUUAUUUAAUUCUCUCUCGUGUGAUAUACGCUUGAAUAUUUCGCAAAAGAUACCUUCAGACGCAGUAGUAUUUCGCGUAAAUAUGUAUAACGCAAGCAAUUUCUAACCAACAAAAUACGGCAUGCUGAUACGGUCACAAAUUUGGAAUCGGUUGUUUUAGAAGUUAUCUGCUAACAAGUGGCGUGCGCGGCUCGCCAAAACUACGAUUUAUUAAUAUUUUUUAUCGCUCAGCAAUUUAUGUGCGCGAGUUUGCAAAUUUGGUACUCUUGUUAACCGUACGAUAAUAUUCUAAUAGUUAGUGUCCAAAAAUUUGCACUUGUUUAAUUAUAUAAUUGCCCUGUCUAUUACCCCAUUACAAACAUAAUCUCACUCAAAGUAAUCCUGUGCUGCUGUCUAUUUACGGCCCCAAUAAAAAUGUGCUUUGCAUGUGAGUACUGCAAUUACUUCUUUAAAAAUAUAUAUAUUUAAAAUUUCUGUCAGGUAUGUUUAUAAAAUUAAAUUUCUUUUUUCCAUCAUCAGUUAUUGCAAUGCACUUUAACUUAUAUAAAAAGAAAUAUUAUUGUAGAAAUUUCUGAAGUUUUUUAUUUUGCUGUAAUGUCAAUUAUAAAUAUGUACUACAAUAUUUCACACAAGAAAUGUACAUUUCCACUGUUUCAUUUAGAAAAUGCACGAUAAUAAUUACUUAUUAUGAUAUCGACAUCCGUAUUUAUUAUGAAAAAUAGUUUGUAACUCCCAGAAAUAUUGUUCCAAUACCUGAGUCGUUUCAUAUUUUCAAAUUCCACUUAUCAUAUUUCAAAAAUAGAAACGAUAAAUUGUAAUCUAGAAAAUUAUAAAUUAUGGACUAACUAUGGAUGUAAUAAGUACUUUGUUAAAAAUGAUAACAAUAGUGACAUCAUAUUAUCGAACAAACGUAUUUCGUACUAAGUGAUUUUACAAAAAAAAGAAUGUUUAUUUUAAUUAUGCAAAGUGUUUUCAGAACUGGAAAUUGCGAUAAAUUAAGCGUUACGAUACUUUAAAAAAUAUUUCUGUAGUAGAUAACUGCAUAUCAAACGAGAAAGAGUUAUAUUAAAAUGUCACCUGUGUAUAUUAUUAUUCGAUUAUGAAUAAUUUUGCGUAGUUUUCUGCGUUAAUCUGAAUAAUUGUUCAGACGUUCAAAAACAGGCAAUUGUUUUGAUACCAAAUUUGUAAGGAAAACAAGACCCAUUUUACAUUUUGAAGAACGUUUGAAUAAUUAUUUUUACGUUAACGUUAAUGUCACUACUAUAUCAAUAUUUAUUUUUAUUGGUAGGGAAAAAACCGAAGUUGAUAAGUAAUUCUGGCAGACAUGACAUAUACCUUCGUUAUUUUUAUAAAUGUUUCUCCAAAAUCAACCUAGAAGUGGAAACAAUUGUGAAGUAAAGAUGGCCAAGAAGAUCCCUACUGCAAUA